ACAGCAGCAGCCAUGGCAACUAUCAUAAAUUCUCUUCCUCUUCCUCUGAUUCCAUAUUUCCAUUCCAAUGAUGAAGAACUACAACUUCAUUAUCUUCAUCACAAUCCUCUGAAAUCGAUCUCCUCAAAAUCCAUCCAUCACCCAAUUACUCUUUGUUCUAAUCCUUCCUGUUUUUUCGAUUCAAUGAUUAAUUCUUGAUACCUGUGCUGUGUGUAUAUAUAUAUAUAUAUAUAUGCAUAUGUGUAUAUUGAUGUCUCGUCAUUUUUUAGUAAUUAGACAAUGCACAUUUUGGCGUUAAACUGCAAAUUUAUUUGAAGACAUUUUUUUCAAAAAAAAAAUUCUGUUGCCUUCUUGUGAUUCUUGAGUUUUUUUUGUUGUUCAUCUGGGUUUCGUCUUUAAGAACUUGAACUUCAUAAUUAUUUUGAAAAUUGACCGUUCGUUCCUUGUUGGAUUGGAUUGGAUUUGCUUCGGAACCAAGCUGUCACUUUUGUUAAUUUCCCAAAGUACCCUCCGCCUCGGCACUAUUGUAAUUUUGUAUUCUGUGUUUGUGCUUUCUGCUCUGUCCAAACUUCGAACCCUCUUCUUCCCUUUUCCAAAAUCAAAAUUCAAAAAGCGACCACGCUCUCUCUCUCUCUCUCUCCCAAUCUGGGUUGUGGUGUUUUGUUGCGCGGAGAAGUGAGGCUGGAAGGUUGAAUCUUGGUGAAUAUGAUGCGGCUCUUCGGCAAAGGCUCUGCUGGCGAGUCUCGGCACACGGCAUCUCCUCCGACUCCGCUUCCGGCUGUUCCGUCCAACAUGUCGGCUGGGCCGGCAAGGCCGAUUCGGCUGGUGUACACUGAUGCGGAGGGGAAGUUCCACAUGGAUCCGGAGGCGGUGGCGGUGCUUCAGUUGGUGAAGGAGCCCGUCGGCGUCGUUUCGGUGUGCGGUCGUGCGCGUCAAGGCAAGAGCUUUAUAUUGAAUCAGCUUCUGGGGCAAAGCAGUGGAUUUAAGGUGGCAUCUACGCAUCGUCCUUGCACUAAGGGACUUUGGUUGUGGAGUACUCCUCUGCGAAGAACUGCACUUGAUGGAACUGAGUACAGCCUUUUACUCUUGGACUCAGAAGGCAUCGAUGCCUAUGACCAGACGGGAACAUAUAGCAUACAGAUAUUCUCAUUGGCUGUACUCUUAUCGAGCAUGUUCAUUUACAACCAGAUGGGUGGCAUUGACGAGGCUGCCCUUGAUCGCCUUUCACUCGUGACUGAGAUGACCAAGCACAUUCGUGUCAGAGCUUCUGGGGGUAAAAGUACAGCUUCAGAGCUUGGGCAGUUUUCCCCAAUAUUUGUUUGGCUUCUGAGGGAUUUUUAUUUACAAUUAGCUGAGGACAAUGGAAACAUUACGCCACGUGAAUACCUAGAGCUUGCAUUAAGACCAGUUGAGGGAGGAAAAAGGGAUGUGUCUGCCAAGAAUGAGAUUCGGGAGUCCAUUCGUGCACUAUUUCCUGAUAGAGAAUGCUUCACUCUUGUACGGCCUCUAAGCAAUGAGAAUGAUCUCCAGCGACUCGAUCAGAUUCCGCUGGACAAAUUACGGCCAGAAUUUAGAGCUGGUUUAGAUUCGUUGACAAGGUUUGUUUUUGAGAGGACGAGGCCAAAACAAAUGGGACCAACAGUGAUGACUGGACCCAUUUUUGCUCGAAUAACUCAGUCUUUUCUUGAUGCUCUCAAUAGCGGUGCAGUACCCACAAUAACUUCUUCAUGGCAGAGUGUUGAGGAAGCUGAGUGCAAGAGAGCAUUUGAGUUGGGAUCUGAAGAAUACAUGUCUUCUUUUGACCGUUCCAAGCCUCCAGAGGAAGCUGCACUUCGCGAGGCACACGAAGAUGCAUCUAGGAAGGCAAUGGCUAAAUUUAAUGAUACUGCUGUGGGAGCUGGUUCGACUAGGCAAACUUAUGAGAAGCGUCUUCAAAGUUUAAUGAAAAAAGCAUUUGAGGACAUUAAAAAGGAUGCUUUCAUGGAAGCAAACCUCCAAUGUACGAGUACCAUAGAGAGCAUGGACAAAGAGCUGAGAAAAGCUUGUCAUGCUCCUGAUGCAAAAAUCGAUAGUGUUUUAAAGGUUCUAGAUGGGCUUUUGUCCAAGUAUGAAGCUACAUGUAAGGGACCAGAUAAGUUGCGAAAAGAAGUUACAUUUCUACAACAAAGUUUGGAAGGUCCCCUUUCUGACUUAAUCAAAAGACAAAUAGACCAGAUCAUGACAGAGAAAAGUUCACUGACUCUGAAAUAUCGAUCAAUUGAAGACAAGAUGGGUCUACUUAACAAACAACUGGAAGCAAGUGAGAAGUUCAAGUCCGAGUACUUGAAGCGCUAUGAAGAUGCUAUCAAUGACAAGAAGAAACUUUCUGAAGAUUAUAUGAGCCGUAUAACGAACUUGCAGAAAAAAUGCACUUCUCUGGAAGAUCAAUCCUCGAAUUUAUCAAAAAUGCUUGAUGCAGCGAAGCAGGAAUCCCUGGAUUGGAAAAGGAAAUACGAGUUACUCCUAUCGAAGCAGAAGGCUGAGGAAGAGCAAUCCAAUGCAGAGGUUACAAUGCUUCGAUCCAAAUGUUCAGCUUCCGAAGCAAGAUUGGCUGCAUCUCAGGAGAAGGCUCAAUCUGCUCAGGAUGAGGCGGAGGAGUGGAAACGAAAAUAUGAUAUUGCUGUCAGAGAAGCUAAAAAUGCUCUGGAGAAGGCUGCAGCUAUUCAAGAACGCACAAGUUAUCAAACACAGUCUCGGGAAGCUGCCCUAAGAGCAGAAUUCUCAAGUACUUUGGCAGAAAAGGAGGAUGAACUUAAAGAGAAGGCCUCGAAGAUUGAACAAGCGGAGCAGCGAUUGACUACUUUGAGUUUAGAACUGAAGGCAGCUGAAUCAAAGCUUAAGAACUACGAUGUGGAGAUGUCAACGUUAAAGAUUGAAAUCAAAGAGUUACUUGAGAAGUUGGAAAGUGCAAAUGCUACUGCUCGUUCAGCUGAAAGCAAAGCUAGGAUACUCGAACAGGAAAAGGUUUAUCUAGAUCAGAAGUACCGAUCUCAGGUUAACCAACUUGAAGAAGUGCAGGAAAGGUGCAAAGUAGCUGAAAAAGAGGCUAAACGAGCCACAGAGGUGGCGGAUGAAGCCAGAGCUGAAGCUGCUUCUUCCCAGAGAGAAAAAAGUGAAUUUCAACGCUUGGCAGUGGAACGACUAGCCCAGAUUGAGAGAGCCGAGAGGCUUUCUGAAGCUUUGGAGAGGGAAAAAGUCGAUUUAGCCAAUGAAGUAGAGAGGCACAGGGCAGCCGAAAGAGAUGCCUUGUUUAAAGUGGAGAUGUUGGAAGAGAGAGUUAGGGAAAGGGAAAAAGAAAUCGAUUCACUCUUGCAGUCAAACAGCAGCCAGAGAAGGAAUUCUGUUCAAGUCCUCGAAAGUUUACUGGAUAGUGAACGAGCUGCACGAGCUGAAGCGAGCAACAGAGCAGAGGCCCUCUCUGUUCAGCUGCAAGCGACGCAAGGAAAGCUUGACGAACUAUCUCAUGAAGUGACUGCUCUGAGGUAUGGCGAAAAGACUACACUGGACAGUAAACUAAGGUCUGCUUCCAACGCCAAGCGCGGCAGGACAGAGGAUUUUGAUAUGGGGGUAGAUUCAGUACACGAUACAGACUUAAACGAGAGGGCUGUGAGAGGGAACAAAAGAUCGAGGAGCGCCGCGAGCCCUAUGAAGUUCACCAGCACUCCUGAAGACGGCGGCUCUGUUUUUAGAGGCGAAGACGAGCCAAGCAAUAGCCAGCAAACCAACAAUGAGGACUACAUGAAGUUUACGGUACAGAAACUGAAGCAAGAGCUCACCAAGCACAAUUUUGGCGCCGAAUUGCUGCAAUUGAAGAACCCUAACAAAAAGGACAUUCUUGCACUGUAUGAGAGAUGUGUUCUGAAGAAGUGAUACCAUAUGAUAGUUUAGAAGAUGAAGAACUUUCUUUGUGCGGCGGCAAAUUCUACGACGAAUUUAUAGACAGCCAAGUGACAAAUUCCACUAGCUCUCUGUCUCGUUGUUUGAUGCUCAUAGCCUUUUCUAUCAUCAAACAAAAUCCCUGAUUGAAAAACUGAUAUUAACUCUUGUUUGCUGUGAGGUUCUUGAGGCAGGUAAGCUAUGUGAACAUUGGACCAUCUAUGUUGUCUGUUUUGAAAAUUUUACUGUGGUAGAAGUUGGGAGUUUGUUUGAUUGUUGAUGUAUUGUGUAUUUGUUUCA